ACAAUACAAUUAUUUCAAGACAUGAACUGUACGUAUGUAAAUGUUUAUGAAAAUGACUUUAAAAAACGAUCAGGUAAUGAUCUGGUAAAAAGUGCUCUAAAUUCGUACUUAAGAAGAAGACAUUAUAUGGAUGCGGAUCACUUCAGGAAAUCAGAUCUGGUUUUAAGUCAGUCCUGCAAGCAAAUGACCUUAGCUGCAGCCGUAGAGAAAGAUGCCUCCCGACUAAAUUCUAUAAUUUUCAGCACAAUAAGCAACGACAUUACACUAGCCGAACAACAAUUCACAAAGCUAAAGUCAUGGAUAGUAGACUUACCAGAAGGAAAGUGUAAGCAUGAACUUCAGACGAUGCUGUUUCCAUUGCUUUGCCACCUGUAUUUGGAAAUACUAAGAGGAGGACUAGACCGACAAGCAACUUCAAAAUUUUUGAAACGUCACCAAGAACUUUUCUUAGCUAAUGAAAACUACAGAGACAUUAUUGAAGAACUGUCAACAGUAUUUACAACUCAAGAUAUUGAUAGCAAACCAUUGAUUAAAGCAUUUAGGUCAUGUAAGUAUCAAAUGAAAAUCAGCACUACUACCAUGGCAGCUCUAAAAAAAUAUUUGGCAACACAGAGCCAUGUGAUUCUUCUACAGGUGCUCCAGACCUGGUUUGAUAUUGAGGUACAAACAAGUGAGAGUGUUUUGGAAAGUGAUGAUGAUAUGGCUGAUAUCAGUUCUGAUGAGAAUGCAGACUACCUGGAGUCGCUGUAUCAACAGUCUCAUGACGACAAAGAGAUGCGACAUUUACAAGAAGCUAUCAAACUAGUGAGGGCGAGUCCUACUCCACCUCCUCCCCUACUGCUGUACACACUCAACAACUCCGAGAGUGCGUGUUGUGCCAGGGUGUCCAGGUCAGGCAAACUGAUGGCCACUGGCUACUCAUCCUCUCUACUCAAGUUGUGGACAUUGUCAGAGUCCAAGAUCAACCCUGGGUCCACCCACUACUCAACUGUUCCUUUGGCCACCAACACUCCUCCUCAAGACCACUUUGUCCAAGAGCAGAGAUGGAGCAGUCUGAGAGGACAUUGUGGUCCAGUCCAAGGAGUUGAGUUCCUUCAUGAUGCCGAUGUCUUACUAUCAGUGUCACACGACUCAUCUAUGAGAGCUUGGAAACUCUCUGACUACUCCUGCGCUGCUAUUUACAGAGGUCACAACUAUGCAGUGUGGUGUGUAGCUGUCAGUUCGCUGGGAGUGUACAUUGCCACUGGAUCACAUGAUCGCACAGCCAGACUGUGGAGCCUUGAUAGGACUUAUCCCCUCAGGAUGUUUGCUGGCCAUUGUCAAGAUGUCAAUUGUGUCCAGUUCCACCCCAACAGCAGUUAUGUGGCUACAGGCUCUGCGGAUCGCUCUGUAAGGCUGUGGUCUGUCACUGAUGGCAGUCUAGUCAGGGUCUACGGAGGUCACUCUGGAAGUGUUCUCACUCUAGCCUUCAGUCCCAACGGCCAACAUCUCGCGUCUGCAGGGGAGGACAAGAAGGUGAAAGUGUGGGAUCUGGCAUCUGGAGGAGUGUUGGCUGAGUUGAGAGGUCACUCCCAGCCUGUGACAGCUCUGGACUGGAGCAAAGACAGCAACAUCCUCGCAUCUGCCUCAUUGGACGGCUCUGUCAUAUUGUGGAACUCUUCUUUGCACUUUAAACCCGUUCAAAGUGAGAACGCUGAGCCACCAGCCAAGUACUCGACUAUUUGUUCGUCAAUAUUGAAUCUACAAUGUCUUCCAAGGGGUAACCUAGUGGCAGUAGGUACACAGUGACUCUGUAAUCCCUUAUUUGUAAAUAAAUUUUUUUUUUAUGAUUUUUACCAUAUUUGUUAUUUUAACCUAACUAAACUUGAGACUAUUAUAGUUUAUACUGAACUCUUUGGAUAACUCAUUGAUAUUUUGUUGUGUUAUUGGU